AUGUGUGAAAGCCAAAGAUCCAGCAGCAACAUGAGUUCACCUUCUCGCAGAUAUAGAUUCUCAGUGACUUAUUCAGACCUUAACAGCAUAGAAGCUGGUUGGCAGGUUAGCCGGAUUUAUAUGUUGACAAUAAUACAAGACUCUUCACUUAUUGGACUGCAGGUUCGUGAGACUAUUGUAUAA